UCGAGAGGCGAACCCAGGGAAAGAGGAGUGUGAUUUCUACACGGGACUUUCCCCCUCUUAGUCCCCCGCAAAAGGAGGGGGAAAAGUCGCAAUAUUUUGGAAAAACCAGGAAGGAAUGAGCUUCUAAGGGGGCGUUUUGCAAGUGUGGAUACUUUAUAUAUAUUUUUAUUUCGGGAAAAAUAUGGCCGAGAACGUUCUGGACUCUGGCCCGCCUUCAGCCAAGAGGCCUAAACUCUCCCCGCUGUCCGCCUCCGAUGGGAACGAUUUCGGCUCACUGUUUGACUUGGAGCACGAUCUCCCAGACGAGCUCAUCAGCUCCAAUGACUCGGGUCUGGUUAACGGAGGAGACCUCAGCCAGCUGCACACCUCUCUGGGCGGAGGAGGACCUGCAGGUCUGGGUCCUGGAGGAGGAGGCGGCGCUGGAGGAAUGGGGCUCGGACUCGGACUCGGAGGUCAGGAUGCGGUGGCAAAGCACAAACAGCUGUCAGAGCUUUUGCGAUCGGGGGCGCCCAACGCGACCCAGCAAGGGCACCAAGGAGCCAUGGGCAGCCCAGGAGGCUCCAGCGCUUUGGGGCAACACUUAGCGAACAUGAAAGCAUCUCCUGGUCCUCCUCAGAUGAUGGGCCAGCAGCACCUGUCCCCUCAGCAGCAGGCCAGCCUGAUGCAGCAACAGAACGCUGGCAUGAUGGGUGGCAUGAACAGGGCCAUGAUGGCAGCGCAGCAGAAAGGCAAUAACGGACAGCAGCAGCCAGGCAUGAUGGGAAGCCAGGUGAUGAACGGCUCCCCCAGGAUGGGCUUUGGGAGUCAGGGGAUGGGGGGCAGCAGCAACCUGUUGGCGGAGACCCUCCAGCAGCAGCAGGGGACCGGGGGCCAGGCCGGGAUGAGAGGCCAGCAGCCCGGAGCAAUGAACAAG